AUGGCCACUGACAUCCAGCCCUACACCGUCGCCGUGCCAGACGACGCGCUGGCAAAACUCAAGUCCAAGCUCGACGCACUCGACCUUCCGCAGCACGUCGAAUUCGAGGACGAUGACCGCUACGGCGUCCCGGCCGCCGAUGUCCGACGCCUCGCGGCCUACUGGCGCGACGGGUUUGACUGGCGGGCCCAGGAGAGGCGCAUCAACCAGCUGCCGCAGUACUUGACCCCGAUCGAGGUUGACGGUUUCGGCACGCUGAACAUUCACUUUGUCCAUCAAAAGAGCGCCCAUUCGGGGAGCAUCCCGCUGCUCUUUUGCCACGGCUGGCCGGGCAGCUUCUUGGAGGCGGAAAAGCUUCUGCCGCUGCUGAAGGAAUCGGUUAACGGUGUCUCAUUUCAUGUUGUUGCGCCCUCGUUGCCGAAUUUUGCCUUUUCUGAUGGCACAACCAAGAAAGGCUUUGGGCCGCAUCAGUAUGCCGAGGCUCUGCAUAAGCUGAUGCAAAAGCUUGGUUACAGUAAAUACGUCACCCAAGGCGGAGACUGGGGAUACAUGAUCACCCGCCGCCUCGGCGCCGAGUAUCCCGAGUCGUGCGUGGCCUCGCACAUCAACCUCGCCGUUCGCGGACCGCCGCAGUUCAAAGAGACGCCCCUGACCUGGCUGCAGCACGCGCUGACGCCGUGGUCCGCCGACGAGAAGAAGGGCCUCGCGCGCACCGCCUGGUUCCGCGACGAAGGGUUCGGCUACAACCAGCUGCAGAGCACCAAGCCGGCGACGCUGGGCUUCGCCUUUGCCGACUCGCCCGUGGCGGUGCUGGCGUGGAUCUACGAGAAGCUGCGCGACUGGACCGACGCGUACCCGUGGACCGACGACGAGGUGCUCACGUGGGUGUCCGUGUACGUCUUUGCGCGCGCCGGCCCCGAGGCCAGCGCGCGCAUCUACUACGAGAACAAGCACGCAAAGGACAGCGCCGCCGUCACGGCGGCCUACAACGGGAGGGUGCCGCUCGGCGUGUCGCAGUUUCCGCGCGACAUCAUGCUGGUGCCGCGGCUGUGGUAUCACGGCCUCGGGCCGGUCGCGUUUGAGAAGCGGCACAAGGACGGCGGACACUUUGCGGCGUGGGAGAGGCCAAAGGAGCUGGCUGAGGAUUUGCGCACCAUGUUUGGGCGGAAUGGCGGUGCCUAUUCUGUGACCAAGGCUCUCGCCAAGCUUUGA